AUGUCGUUAUCAUCGGAAAUGCGCGACAAAUACACCGAAAUCAUCGAUACGAUCUUGGCCGAGAGUGAUCUCAACACCAUCUCCGAAAAGCGGAUACGCAAAGGUCUCCAGGAAGCCGUCGGCUAUGAUCUCACGCCGCAGAAGACAGAGAUCAAGCAACUCAUUAUGGAGCGGUUUGACCGAUUCGCCGAGCAGAAUGGUGUCGGGUCGCCCGAGGAAACCACUACAAGCAAUGGCCAUCGCGAUGGCGAUUCAGCCUCUGCUGCAGUGCCAUCCCCACCUCCUUCGUCGUCCCCCGUGAAGCGUCAAGCUUCCAGCGACGUCACCUCCGAGCCCGCCAGCGCAUCGCCGCCAGCUAAGAAACACAAGUCCGACGAUGUUGAUGCGGAUGCGAUGUUCGCAGCAAGACUCCAAGCCGAGGAGAACUCGCGUGCGCGUCCAACCCGAGGAGGAAACACUCGACGGGCGGCUGUUCCUAAGAAGAAGACCAAGAGGGCCAAGACAUCAACCAGGGUCAGGGCAGAGGAUGAUUCAGAUAUUGGAUCAGGGUCAGAGGGCAAGGAAAAGAAGGAAGUUAACCGUAAUACUGGAUUCCACAAACCAUUGAACCUUUCCGAACCUCUCUCCGCGCUUCUGGGAGAAAUUACACUCUCGCGGCCACAAACCGUCAAAAGGGUCUGGCAGUACAUUCGUGAGAAUGAGCUCCAAGACCCCAGUGAUCGUCGUCAAAUUCGAUGCGAUGAUGCCAUGCGUGCUGUCUUCAAGCAGGACCGAGUUCAUAUGUUUACCAUGACCAAAAUUUUGAAUCAGAAUCUGUACAAUCCCGACGAAUAG